AGUCCCGGAGCCUCCAGCGCUCCUCUCCGGUCUUCCAGCAGUGAGCGCUCGGCGACGCCGCCGUCAUGCGGCCAGCCAACUCGUGUGCCCGUGCGACCCGUUCUGCUCGUGCGCGACGCGGCGCGUGUGCUGUGUGAUUCUGUGCCGGAUUAAUACGCAGUGUGUGGUGGCAUGAAGGUGACUGUGAUCUUCGGGCCUGUGCGGGUGGUGGUGCCCUGCGGGGACGGCGACAUGCUCGUCAGGGAUCUCAUCCGGCAGGCGACGCUGCGCUACAAGAAGGCCACCGGCAAGAUACGCAAGAUAACACCCGCAACGUGGUUCGAAUCCCUCGUGAUAGUGCGAACGAACAGUGUUUCUGCGAAUUAUGGGAAAGCAGGGAGUGGGGUGGAUGCCGAGGCAGUGUGUGGUGAACAUGUGAGGAGUGCGUGCCGACCAUGAUGCUGGACAGCCGCGGGGCGGACAGCGAUGCCGAUGGCGGCGGAGGCAGCA